UUUUUGCCCUAGAAACCCUCGUUUCGCCUCCUCUAGCCGCAACAUGCUCUUCCCCACCAACCACUCAAUUUCUCUCCGGUCUCCCCUCAAAAACUCAGUAAAUCCACUGCUUCUCGCUGGGUUUUUUCUGGAAAUUUGUUUCGUAUGCCUGUUAGGAUGAACCUCUUUUGUUUAUUCCCUAGGAUCUUGAGUUUUCGAAGAUGUUAGCUGCUUCCUCUUGAUCUCCCAGUCGUGUAAUUUCAAGAGGAAAUUUUGCUCACUGCGAUGGAUACUGUGGAAUUACCUUUUCCCGUAGACGUCGCACCAGCUCCCACGCUGAUAGCGCCCGAGGGUUUAGUCAGAGCUGGGGUUACAGUCAAGGAGGUGGAAGGUCGGGGAUCUGAUCGCGUUUCCAUUGUAGCCAACCAUUCGAUUUAUUAUUGCGACCCGCGACUUGAAAAUGAUGUUGCAAAUGUGAAAAGUGAUACUGAGUUUCGCUCUGGAGAUGGAUUUCCUGAGACUGAGCUCAUUAAGAAUUCUAGCAUGCUGCCCAAUCUUCAGUGUGAAGAGGUAUCCAAUGGUACGCAUGCCAAAGGAAAAAAUUGCCGAGUAAUUUCUUCCAAACAUGAAGGUUUGCCAUUCCAACAGAAAGCAGGAAAAGUUCACAGGAGUGUUUCUUCAAGUUCGAAGAGGCUGCGAAUAUUAGAAGAUUCUACAGACCUGAAAGGAAUUGAGAAUUCAAAGGAAUCUUCUGAUAAGCAUGCAUCAAAUCAUAUAAAGUGUGAUUCUUCAGAAAAAAGUCAAGUAUCAAAACAAAAGAGCAAUGGUAGCAAGCGUGGGGAUAAGAAGAACAUUAAAGUUCCUUCGAAGGCUAAAUUUGACUCAUCAUCUAUGAAGUUGGGUGCAGCAGUCUUCAACUCUGCCUGUGGAGGGAACAACUUUUUUGGAUUGUAUGGUCUAAAGCAUGAUAUUCAUGAUGUCACAAAGCCUGUGGAAGAGCCAACAUUAGAUGAGCUCCUUAAAGGCACUUUUGACUGCCCUAGUUUGGGAAAAGAUAAGGGGAAGAAAACAUCAAAUAUUAGUGACAAUUUUUUGAGCUCUGUUAGGAAGGCUUGCUCCAUCCUUCACGUCCUGAAAUCUGUUCAACCCCAAAGCAUGGCUGAGAUUGACAGCUCCUCCAGCAGGAAAAUGUCUGCUUCUGAAUCAAGUUCGGUUUGUGUCGUAGAAAGUGGUGAUAAUAGGGAUAAAGAGCAGUCUUUUGCAACAGAUAUGUCUAUAUGUCACAAGGAACCUUCUAGUGAAACUGAAACUCCAGUUAGUCCACUUGACUUUCCAUUAUAUCAACCUAAGGAUAUCUUGGAACGCAUUGCACUCCCCCAAUCUCGGGAUUUGGAUUCUUUGCUCCUUGAUGCAUCCAAGGCUGUUGUUACCUCAAAGAGUAAUAGUGAUCUUCGUACAGUCAAGCAUGUCAGUCGUCGACCUAGCUUGACAGCCUUUCCAUGGUCUCAUAAUUUCAGUGGUCAUUGUAGAACUAAUUCUGAUGCAGUUAGGUUAUCAAGUAGAAUCACGUGCCCAGGUAAAUGGGCAAAGAUAGGAUUUGUUGCUAGCUUUAUGGGAAUGGAUCUUGGAAGCUUCACGAACCUUGAUUCAUUCAGUUAUGAUCAGACUCUAGUUCCUUCAGUUGGUAGUUCAGACAAUAAAGGUUUUCUGCCUUCAUGUGCCAACAUUCCUUUCUGUCAUUGGGUUUUGUCAUCUUCUGUAACAUGUUCAAAAGGAUCUCAGGUUACUACAGAUUUUGAAGGCCAGGUCGAUGGUAAAAAAUAUGAUGGAAAUUGUUCAAAAUUAUUAGCUGCUGCACAAACUCUAUAUGAAAUGGCAACUAGCUCACCAACGCAGAAUGAGGGCACAUCAGGGUGGCAGAAAAAGGCUUCACAAAAGUCCACAAAAGCUCGCAACUGGAAAUCAAACGAGAAAUCUGAGGAAAUGAUUUCGAAAUCAACGUCAGCUAUUGGAUCUGAUCAGUUAACCAGAAGUGCAGGGCAGAUGAUGCCCUCGAAGAAGCCGAGGCUUUCCAUAAUCAAGAGUAAGGACGGCGGUCCCUCUAAUACUGUCAAGAAAGGACCAUAUGCAUGGCCAACUUCAAAAUCUAGUAGAUCGUUACCGAAUAAAUCAAUUAGGGAACCCAUUGUGGAAAAUAAACAUUCAAACCCCGGCAUCCUGAAGCAACAUAGUAUGAUGCCACCUCCUCCCACUAGGGUUCUUGACAAGGCCUUUGACAGUCAACAGAAGGUCAGAAAAGUGGUGUUGAUGGAUUGGAAAAGGCAAGGGACAAGUCAGGUUGAUCGAGCUUUUUCAAGCACGCAGUAGAAGCACCAACCCUUGACAGAUGUGAUUACCAAAAAUGUUAGGUUGCUAGUGAAAUGCUGCUUCGUACAUAUGCCAUGGCGGCAAUGAGAUUUAUUGUUGUAACUUGUUGUAAUAUGUUCAAUGGAGAGCGCGAUUCAAAUGUUGUAACAUCAAAGACAGGUGUACAAAACAAGCCGAAGAAUUCUUUGCCUUCUGUAGAUGAUUUUACGAGGCAAUAGAAAGUUUAUGUUUGUGUA